AUGAAGGGCUUCCUCGGCCUGGCGGUGCUUCCGCUCCUCGCAGCUGCGUCACCCGUAGCUAUCGACUCCAUCCACAAUGGAGCCGCCCCGAUUCUCUCCUCCAUGAAUGCUCAGGAGAUCCCAGAUUCCUACAUCGUCGUGUUUAAGAAGCAUGUCGAUCCCUCGGCCGCCGCGGCUCAUCACAGCUGGGUGCAGGACAUCCACACCGACAAUGUCCGCAUGGAGCUGAAGAAGCGUUCGCUCUUCGGCUUUGACUCGGAUGCCUUUUUGGGCAUGAAGCACACCUUCCAUGUCGCUGGCUCCCUGAUGGGUUAUGCCGGUCACUUCCACGAGGACGUCAUCGAGCAGGUCCGCCGGCAUCCGGAUGUUGAGUACAUCGAGAAGGACUCUGAGGUCCACCACUUUGAGAACUCCGCUGUGGAGAAGAACGCCCCAUGGGGUCUUGCCCGUAUCUCCCACCGUGAAAGCCUGUCCUUCGGUAGCUUCAAUAAGUACCUGUAUGCCGAAGAUGGUGGUGAGGGCGUGGAUGCCUACGUUAUUGACACUGGUACCAACACCGAGCACGUUGACUUCGAGGGCCGUGCCUCUUGGGGUAAGACCAUUCCCCAGGGCGAUGAGGAUGUGGAUGGCAAUGGCCACGGUACCCACUGUUCCGGCACCAUCGCUGGUAAGAAGUACGGUGUUGCCAAGAAAGCCAAUAUCUAUGCCGUCAAGGUCCUUCGCUCGAACGGCUCUGGCACCAUGUCCGAUGUUGUCAAGGGUGUCGAGUGGGCGGCCGAGGCUCAUAUCAAGAAGGCCAAGGCCGCCAAGGCUGGCAAGAGCAAGGGCUUCAAGGGUAGCGUGGCCAACAUGAGUCUGGGUGGCGGAAGCUCGCGCACUCUUGAUCUCGCUGUGAACGCUGCCGUCGAAGCUGGCAUCCACUUCGCCGUCGCCGCUGGCAAUGACAAUGCCGAUGCUUGCAACUACUCCCCUGCUGCGGCUGAGAACGCCGUCACCGUUGGUGCCUCUACUCUGGCUGAUGAGCGUGCUUACUUCUCCAACUACGGCAAGUGCACUGACAUCUUCGGCCCUGGUCUCAACAUCCUGUCCACCUGGAUUGGCAGCAAAUAUGCUGUCAACACUAUCUCUGGCACCUCCAUGGCCUCUCCCCACAUUGCUGGUCUGUUGGCCUACUACGUCUCCCUCCAGCCCUCGAGCGACUCGGCCUACGCCGUUGCCGAAAUUAGCCCCAAGGAGCUCAAGGAGACUAUCAUUAGCAUUGCCACCUCCGGCGCUCUGACCGACAUUCCGUCGGACACUCCUAACCUUCUUGCCUGGAACGGCGGUGGCUCCUCCAACUACAGCGAGAUCGUUGCCAAGGGUGGCUACAAGGCCGGUGCGGUCGAUGGCCGUAUGAACGAGCUUGUCAACCACGUUGAGGAGGUUCUGAACCACGAGAUCCAUGAGCUCGGUGCCAUCUACAGCGAGAUCAGGGAUGCUGUCUCCGCUUAG